AUGGAGGAAAAAUUAAAAUCCCUAUUUUUGAAACUUCAGGAUGUUUUUCAUCCUGAGGUUGGAUGUGAAAACACUAGGACAAAAGAGAGAGCUAAAAAUUAUCCAACUGCUCCUGGUAACCUGGCCGUUUCCCAAGAGGAUAAGUGUGCCUUUAAAUCAUUGCUUUCCCAUGUUGAGGAGACCAUUUUGAAACCAUGGAGUGAUAACCAAGCUGAGCUCCUAGUUCUAACUCGCUUUGAGGAUGACGAUCUAAACCAAGUGAACUGCAUGUCAGUCCUAAGUUCUUUUGGAUUUACCAGAGGUGACAAAACUUCAUUGGAAAUGGUGAAAAGCUACAUAAAAAAUCAUUGUGACCAAUGCUAUCCCAAUUCUCCCCUUCUGAUGAAUAACCUUGGGGUAAUGUUCAGUGAAAAUGCACUUUAUGAGGAGAGCGAAGAUUGUUUUAAUAUGGCCAAGAUUUACUGUCAACAUGAGGACAAUAUUAAAGAUGCAGUAAUUACUUUGAAUCAAGCAGUUCUGAAGAAGACCUUGGGUAAAUACAAAGAAGCGGCUAAUCUUGCUACCUCUGCAGCUUCCUUGUGUGAUGACACCUCUAUGAGAACAACAAAUUAUGCUCAACUACCAGUGAAGUUGCUGGGAAGAAUUGCUGAUAUGUUACAAGAGUUUGGAAACCACCAAAUGUUGAAGAAGAUUCUGAGAACUGCUGUUCACUUUGACAUCCCAGGUGCUGACAAAGCUGUUACAGCUGUUUUAUGCAGGCAAUUGAUGAAAAUCCAGCUUGAGGAAAUGGAUAAAAAAAUUGAAGCCAAAGAAGUGAAAGAUUUUAUCUCCCAUUUUCUUACUUUGCCGGCUAAACCAGAUGCUUUUAAGAUGUCCAUGAAUGCUGAGCUCAUAAGAACUGUUAUCCAGGCAGCAAAGAUUUGUCGCAAUACUGGUCAAUGCAAAGAAGCUUGCGAGUUAUUAAAGAAGUUGCAAAGUAUUCUCCUUCUUGUCCAUGGUGAAAAUAGUUUUCUCUAUGGAUCAUUAUUAUACCAAAUGGGCCUCUUCCUGCAUGGCUCCGGAAGGUUUAAUGAUGCUGAGACUGCACUGAAGCAGGCUGAAGGUAUCUUGAUUUGUUAUUGUGUAGAAAAUCAUCAUUCAGUUGCCUUGUGUAGGAAAGUCCUGGGUUCCUGUAUUCUGCUAAAGGGCAAUGCCAAAGAUGCCUCAGAGUACCUAAACAAGGCCUUGACAAUUUUCAAGAAGCUAAGUCCCUUUCAUCCAGAAGUAGGAGAGAUUCUUUUGAAACUUGCCUUCUUGUAUUCUGAAGAAGGAUUAAGUUUUCAGCAAGCCCAAGAAACCUUGCAAGAAGCAGAAGCUAUUUUCAAAUUAUCCUGUGGUGAGGUAUCUUGCAAGACAGCUAAUGCAUACUUUCAAGUAGGAAUGAUCUUGCAGAGGUUUAAACAGUUCCGUUUGGCAGCUGUUAAGAAAAUACAGAAAGGCAUAGAUGUGAUGUUAAAUCUUGGAAUGAGUUUAAAUCAUCCUGAUGUCAUGUUUUGGAGCAGUUUUUUGGGCGUCUUAAAGCAGUCCUUUGGCAUGGUGAGAGAGGCAGAAAAGUGCUUUAUUGAUGUCCAAAACAGUGUUCCCUUUUGUGAUGAGCUAGGCAGCAAGGAAGCAGAAAUCCGUACAUCCGAAGACUGGUCCCUACACUACAGAGACAAAGCUGACGAUAGAGGUGACAGAUCUUCAUCAGUGAAAGCUCAGGUAAUGGACCAAGUAAUGACAAGUAAUGGACCAUUGGGGGCAAGGGACUGGGAGAGUGAAGGUGCUAGACCAAAGCAGGUCAGCAAGAAAGGCCGUUCAGAGGUGAUGCAGAUAGCAAGUGAACCCCCUGUUCCACCGUUUGGUGCUUUUUUAGCAGAGAGCUCAAAUGAUUCAUCACUACCUCAAGGAGGACGUGUUGAAAGAACGUCAACGGAAAUGACCUGCCAAGAAUGGUUGACAAGAGAACAAACGGCUAGAAAAAGAGACGAGGGGAACGAUAGGGACAUGCAAGAUGCUGGAAGGAGAUCAGAAGAAGAAAAUGCUGGUGCGUCAGAACAGUCGACAGAGAGUCCAAAGUUUUCAGAGACGUCCUUCGUUCAAGUAGUAUUGAAGGAAGAGGAGAGACGUGAACAGGUUGUAGGGGGAAGUAGCGAACAGAGAGUCAGAGAAAGGAUAAAAAGAGAAGAACGUGAGAUGAAGGAAGCUGGAAGUUGGCCACAACAAGGGGGAACUACAUACUCACAACAACUGCAAGAGAAUUAUUACAACCAAAGUACAUCAUCUUCAUCCAGCACCCAGAGUGACAAAAUAACUGUGGAAGACAUGUCCUUUGUACAACAAGGUGCCUUUCUAGAUGCAAAAGUGACAGGUAAUAAACCAUUGGGGGCAAGGGACUGGGAGAGUGAAACUUAUCAAUCACAGCAGGUCAGCAAGCAAGGUCUCUCAGCGGUAGUGCACAUACCAAGGGAACCCCAUGUCCCACAGUUUGGUGCUUCUUCUGUAGACAGCUCAAAUGACUCAUCCCUUUCUCAAGAGCAACAUGUUGAAAGAACAUCAAGCGAAAGGGAGCAAGGUGGACAGUUUGAAAGGGAAAUAAACUUCCAAAAAUGGAUAAGAAGAGAACAGGGAGCUGGAAAAAGAGGAGAGAAAAAGGAAAGGAAGAUCCAAGAAUCUAAAAGGACAUCGCAGGAAGAAAAUGCUGAUGCUGUUUCAGAACAGUCGACAGAGAGCUCAGUGUUUGAAGAGACCUCCCUGGUUAAACCAUUAUUGAGGGAGGAGGCGAAACGUGAUCAGUUUGUUGCACAAAACAAUGAACGGAGAGCCAAAGAAAGGACAAGAAAACAAGAAAGGGUUGUACGCGAAGCUGGAAGUUGGCCACAACAAGGGGGAACUACAUGCUCUCAGCAACUACGUAAGAAUUAUGACAACCAAGGUGCAUUAUCUUCAUCCAGCAUCCAGAGUAAUAAAAUUGUGGAAGAAACUCCUUUGUUACAGCAAGGUGCCUUUCUAGAGGAAAAAGUGACUGGUAAUAGACCAUUGGGAGCAAGAGACUGGGUGAGUGAAGGUGCUAAACCAAGGCAGGUCGGCAAGAGAGGUCGUUCAGAGGUGGUGAAGAUAGCAAGUGAACCCCCUGACCCACGGUUCGGUGCUUCUUCUGUAGACAGCUCAAAUGACUCAUCACUUUCUCAAGGACGACGCGUUGAGAGAACGUCAAGGGAAAGGGACCAACGUGGACAGUUUGAAAGAAAACUUAACUGCCGAGAAUGGAAGAUAAGGGAACAGAGACCUGCAAAAAGAGGAGUGAGAAGGGAAAAGAAGAUGCAAGAGGCUCAAAACAGAUCACAAGAUGAAAAUGCUGCAUGCUCACAGCAGUUACGUGACCAAUGUUCAUUGAACACAUCCAAACCCCAAGGUGGCAUUGCGGAAAAUAUUCCUUUAUCACAGCAAGAUGCCCUUGCAGAUGCAGGGAGACCAUCAGCUGCAACUGAUCGAGAACGUGAUGGUUUAACUGAUGAGUUUUUGGCAAGACACACCCAAGACAUGUCCCUUCGUGGUAGUCUUAAUCAGAGCAUUGGCACAAAUGUGUCAUUGCCCCCUGACAUUUCAGCACAGGGAACUUCUUAUACUGACGGUUACUUUAGGGAUAGCCAAAAUCGAUAUCACUCUGAUCCCGAGCAGAGCGCAGGACAAAACCCAACUUUGACACCUGGAAAUUUAAACAGUGCAGCAGACAAUGAGAAUGCAACAAAUGAUCCACGUGGAUAUAUACUGAACCAGUCUGUGUCUGUUUCCAGUACUGAUUUUGCUCUUGGAUCGGGAACCAGACGUCAGUGGCCAAUACACUUUUCCUCAUCUAAUGCAGUUAUGUCUGCUGCUGAAGUGGUGGCCCAGGAAGACGUACCUGUUGAUGAACCAUGUCAUGGUGGUGGGAACAUCACCAGAGGUGCUCCCAUAAGAGAUUAUGUUCCUGAGUCUCUAGACAUCACAGGCAGCUCAUUGACAUGGGUUCCGCAUCAAAGAGACACAUCUCAGCGCUAUUCCAGAAGGGUAAGGGGAACAUGGCCAAUUAGUUGA